AUGGCCUGUGCAACACAAGUUCACUUCCCGUUUUCUCGAUCAUCAAGACUCAAGACUCCUUUUUUGGGUCAUAAGUCAUGUACAAUUUCAUUCACUUCCUUCAAUCCUAAAAACAAGAAACAGAAAAAUUACAGGCCCUUGAGGGUGGUAAAUGAGAAGGUUGUGGGAAUAGACUUGGGCACCACCAAUUCAGCUGUGGCGGCAAUGGAGGGUGGACAGCCUACUAUCAUAACCAAUGCCGAGGGGCAGCGAACGACUCCAUCUGUGGUAGCGUAUACGAAGUCGGGGGACCGGUUAGUCGGGCAAAUUGCGAAAAGGCAAGCCGUGGUGAACCCGGAGAACACAUUUUUUUCAGUGAAGAGAUUUAUUGGAAGGAAGAUGAAUGAGGUUGAUGAGGAGUCUAAGCAGGUUUCGUACAAAGUGGUCAAGGAUGAGAAUGGGAAUGUGAAACUUGAGUGCCCUGCUAUUGGUAAGCAAUUUGCUGCUGAGGAAAUUUCAGCUCAGGUUUUAAGAAAGCUUGUGGACGAUGCCUCAAAGUUCUUGAAUGACAAGGUUACAAAAGCAGUAAUUACCGUGCCAGCAUACUUUAAUGAUUCCCAAAGAACUGCGACUAAAGAUGCUGGUCGUAUUGCUGGUUUGGAUGUUCUCCGUAUCAUCAAUGAACCAACAGCUGCUUCAUUGGCCUAUGGAUUCGAGAAGAAGAAUAAUGAAACAAUUCUAGUUUUUGACCUUGGAGGUGGUACAUUUGAUGUUUCAGUUCUUGAGGUAGGGGACGGAGUCUUUGAAGUGCUCUCGACCUCUGGAGACACACAUUUAGGAGGCGAUGACUUUGACAAGAGAAUUGUUGAUUGGCUUGCUGAUAACUUCAAGAAAGGCGAAGGUAUAGAUCUUCUUAAAGAUAAGCAGGCACUUCAACGCCUUACAGAAAGUGCAGAGAAAGCAAAGAUAGAAUUAUCCUCUUUGACCCAAACUAACAUAAGUUUACCUUUCAUCACUGCCACUGCAGAUGGUCCAAAACAUAUCGAUACGACAUUAACACGGGCCAAGUUUGAAGACCUAUGCUCGGAUUUACUAGACAGGCUCAAAACUCCUGUUGAAAAUGCUUUAAGGGAUGCAAAGCUUUUGUUUAAGGAUAUAGAUGAAGUGAUACUUGUUGGUGGAUCGACGCGAAUUCCUGCUGUUCAACAGCUUGUCAGGAAGUUGACUGGCAAAGAACCUAAUGUUACGGUUAAUCCAGAUGAAGUAGUUGCUCUUGGAGCUGCAGUUCAGGCUGGUGUUUUAGCUGGAGAUGUUAGUGAUAUUGUUCUCCUGGAUGUGACUCCAUUGUCACUUGGCCUUGAAACGUUGGGUGGUGUAAUGACGAAAAUCAUUCCCAGGAAUACGACCUUACCGACUUCUAAAUCGGAGGUGUUCUCUACUGCAGCAGAUGGGCAAACCAGUGUUGAAAUCAAUGUGCUGCAAGGUGAAAGAGAGUUUGUGAAAGACAAUAAAUCUCUUGGAAGUUUUCGCCUAGACGGAAUCCCACCAGCUCCUCGUGGAGUUCCCCAGAUUGAAGUCAAGUUUGAUAUCGACGCCAAUGGUAUCCUUUCUGUGUCAGCUGUUGACAAGGGAACUGGCAAGAAGCAGGACAUCACCAUAACUGGUGCCAGCACUUUGCCCAAAGACGAGGUGGAUAGAAUGGUUAAUGAAGCCGAGAAAUAUGCAAAGGAGGACAAGGAAAGGAGAGAAGCCAUCGACACUAAAAACCAGGCAGAAUCUGUUGUAUACCAAACUGAAAAGCAGCUAAAAGAGUUGGGAGACAAGGUUCCAAGUGCAGUAAAAGAUAAGGUCGAGGCUAAAUUGAAAGAGCUUAAGGACGCUAUAUCUAGUGGGUCUACUCAAACUAUCAAGGAUGCCCUGGCUGCAGUGAACCAAGAAGUUAUGCAGAUUGGUCAGUCACUAUACAGCCAGCCAGGAGCUACGAGUGCUGAACCGUCCACCACGGCAUCUGGUUCAAGUGAUAAAUCAUCUGGUGGAGACGUAGAUGGAGACGUGAUUGAUGCAGACUUCAGCGAAGGCAACUGA